AUGAUCGAAAAAGAGUAUGAUUAUUUGUAUAAAAUUGUUGUAAUUGGAGAUUCUGCGGUUGGAAAGAGCUCACUCAUUGUUCGUUUUGCAAAAAAUGAAUUUAAAUUCAACACAAAACCUACCAUCGGAGUGGACUUUGCUUCUAAAGAUAUAACGUACGAUUCAAAAUGUAUUUUAGGACACAUUUGGGAUACAGCUGGACAAGAGAAAUAUCAAGCAACAGCUCCUGCACUCUAUAGAGGAGCCCUAGGAGCAAUGAUUGUCUUUGACAUUAGCAAUAGACAAAGUUUUGAAAAUUUAGAACGAUGGCUCACUCAACUGAAGAAAUAUGGAGAACCAGAUUGUGUAAAUAUUAUUGUUGGAAAUAAGAGUGAUUUACAACAUUUGAGACAAGUCUCUGUUGAAGAAGCCUCUCAAUAUGCCCAAAAACACGGAGCCUAUUAUAUGGAAACUUCUGCAUUGAAUGCAUCAAAUGUAGAGAAGGCCUUUUCUUCAUUAUUGCAAAACAUUUAUUUGAAAAAACCAACACCUAUUGACGUUUAUAAUCCACCACCACAAAACCCAAAUCUUCCAGUGGUUCCAAGUCCCGGAGGCGGUGUUCAGAACCCAAGUUUACCAGAUCCAACACCUGUUCAAUCGUCCUUUCCAUGCCAAUGCUGA